CCACCAAUAUAUACUUCAAAUUUGAGCUGCUUCUCCUGUGGCUUACAUCUGUCUUUUCAAGGCGACAGGCCGGCCGUACUGAUACGCAAAAAACAAGCAUGUCUGCACUGUGAAGUAAUCGAUGGCUGACCAAGUUGGGAACUCAUUUACAUCAGCAUACAUAGGAAACAACCUCAGUUCCCCAGAAGCUGUGAUGCUUUGCCUCUCCUCCCUUGCUCCCUUCCUGCCUCCAGCUUUCUCAACAGCCAUGAGAUCAAGAAGCACAGUUACUAGCUUCUUGGCACUCCACUUAUUCCUAUUUCAGAAUAUCAGCUGCGUCAGUCCUCUGUACUUCAAGCUGAAUUUCACUGAAUCGAACCACAAUGGAGAGGCCACAAUCCAGUUCCAGGAGGAUGCCUUCUACAACAAGGCGGUCAGGCUUACCAAGGAAGAGAUGGAUGGCCAGAUUGCUCACAGUGUUGGCCGAGCAGUCUUCAAGGAUCCGGUAACCCUCUGGGAUAGCACCACUGGUCAGUUAGCUGACUUCACAACCCGCUUCACAUUCAUGAUAAAAGCUAACGUUACCGAUGGCUCAUAUGGUGAGGGGCUUGCCUUUUUCCUCUCACCAUUCCCUUCUGUUGUCCCUAAUAAUUCCACGGAUGGUAACCUUGGCCUCUUCAGUAGCAGUGCUGAUCAGACUGGGACAUCCAACCAGAUCUUGGCCGUCGAGUUUGACAGCCACAAGAACACAUGGGAUCCAGACGACAACCAUGUAGGUAUCGACAUCAAUUCGAUCGUAUCUGCAGCCAAUGUAACAUGGAAAAGUAGCAUCAAGGACGGUAAGAUAGCAAAUGCAUGGGUAACUUACCAGGCCAGCUCCAAGAACCUGAGUGUCUUCUUGACCUACAAGGACAACCCACAAUUCAGUGGCAACUCCACCCUAUCUUAUUCAGUUGAUCUCAGAGAAUAUCUCCCAGACAAAGUGGCAAUUGGCUUCUCAGCUGCCACUGGUAAAUUGGUAGAGACUCAUCGGAUACUUUACUGGGAAUUCAAUUCUACUGAUGUGCAGCUGAGGAGUAAGAAGAUCAAAAGCGUACUAGUCAUAAGCUUGGCUACUAGCAUAAGUGGCAUAGUCUGCUCUAUGGGAUUGGUUUGGUGCUUCCUGAGGUUUAGAAAGACUAGGAGGUUAAGAAAGGAGGAAGAAGAGAAGCUAGAAUUUGAUGAGUCCAUUGACGGUGAAUUUGAGAAAGGGAGGGGUCCAAGAAGAUUUCAAUACAAUGAACUUGUGGCUGCUACAAAGAAUUUUGCAUUGGAGAGAAAACUUGGAGAAGGAGGAUUUGGAGCAGUUUACCAGGGUUUCUUGAAGGAUCAAAACCUCAACAUUGCCAUUAAGCGAGUUGCCAAAGGUUCAACGCAGGGGAAGAAGGAGUACAUCUCUGAGGUCAAGAUCAUCAGCAGGCUGAGGCAUAGGAACCUUGUGCAACUUGUGGGCUGGUGUCAUGAGCAUGGAGAGUUCUUGCUCGUGUACGAGUUCAUGCCGAACAGGAGCUUGGACACACACCUCUAUGACAAUAGUAACAUCCUAACAUGGCCGUUGCGGUUCAGGAUCACCAUCAGCGUUGCAUCUGCCCUCCUGUACCUUCACGAGGAGUGGGAGCAAUGUGUUGUGCACCGUGAUGUCAAGCCAAGCAAUGUGAUGCUUGAUUCUUCAUUCAACGCUAAGCUUGGGGACUUUGGGCUGGCACGUCUUGUUGAUCAUGACCGGGGCUCACAAACUACAGUGAUAGCUGGUACAAUGGGUUACUUGGCUCCAGAGUGCGUCACCACUGGCAAAGCAAGCAAAGAAUCUGAUGUAUACAGCUUUGGCAUUCUUGCAUUGGAGGUUGCCUGCGGAAGGAGGCCUGUUGUGCUAAAGGAAGAUGAUGAGAAGAUCAAGCUGGUUCAAUGGGUGUGGGAUCUCUAUGGAAGAAAUGAGAUACUUAAUGCAGUUGAUGGAAGGCUUGAUGGUGCAUUGGAUGAGCGUGAAGCUGUGUGCUUGAUGGUUGUGGGGCUCUGGUGUGCACACCCAGACUAUAAUUUCCGACCUUCAAUCCGCCAGGUCAUAAGUGUAUUGAAGUUUGAGGCACCAUUGCCAAGCCUUCCACCAAAGAUGCCUGUGGCAAUGUACUUUGCACCACCAAUCCAUCUUUGCAAGUUUUCAUACACCUCAUCUGAUGGAACACUGAAGGAGCUGGAGGGGUCCAAAAUUUAUGGGAAGACAACAAGCUCCUCUAGUGCAACCAAUGCUUCUAGUUCACCUCCCUCUAUUCAUUUACCACAGAUGGGUUACUAGGUCUGUCAGCUUUCUUUUUAUAUGCUAAAUGUGUUUACAAUCGACGGCUCGACGCUAUUCAAAAGACACCUUAAGUUACAGCCAAAAUACCUUUAUUGAGUUCAUCUGCAUGUUGUAAACAGUAUUAAUUCAACUACUUCUGUAUAGACUGGCUACCUGUAGGAUGUAAGUAUAUUGUGUAUUGAAAUGCUCUUGGUAAAGACUAGUUUUAUAUAAACAAUUCUCCUAAGUGAAGCUCUGACAUUCAUCUAACACCUAAACUUCCGUGAUGGUAUUGUUCAUCAAUACGAGUCAACUGCUUUUAUUUUGAAUAUUUCA